CCUCCAAUAAAGGACUUUCCACACUCGAAAAACAGUUUUUCGGUUCUCUUUUGGUCUCUUUCCGCGCUGAGCUCGCGUCGUUUAAUUGGGUUGCGCUGCAGAUACUUUUCUGAGCCAGAGUGGCUCCUUCUGCGUAAAUCUCGCUGCCUCUGAAGCCUCGACCUCUUCUCCAGCGAUGCCUCGUGUGAAUUUCGCCGAAUACUUUCUUUUUUCUUGACCGAAGAAGCCGUCGUGCGGGUGCAACAGUGUCUUGCAUGCCGACGAAAGUGUUUUUCGCGACGCUCCAGAACGUGAGAAUCCUGUUCUCAGCUGCGUGCCAGCGCAGUUCUGUGACCAGACCAGUGCUCUGCCUUCUCGUAAAGGAGCCCGCAGUGUUGCCCUGUCUCAUUCAAAUCCGUUCCUUUUUCUUCAGUUCGAUGUUCCGUGGCAGCCAGCCCGUGGUGUGUCUUUGUUGCAACACACACUGCGCCACAUUUGAAAAACAGAGGUGGAUCCGCACCCCUCCAGAGUCCUGAUUUGCUCGUCGCUCUAGAGUGGCGUCUCGCUUCAACUCCGCUUUUCUAGAUCCCGUGCGGCUCCCCCUUCCACUCUGAUGUCUGUUCACCACCCAACGGGAGUGCUGAAGACAACUGGAAUGCGGAAUUUCAUUAUGCGACGGCAUUAACGGAAGUCCGCAUCCCCUAUGUUCCAUGCAUAAGAUGUGUAAAUGACUCUUGUCACUCUCGUCUUGACGGGAGAGGCACUCCUUCAGGCGUCCUGGAUUGCGCCGGUCGUCUUGCUUUAGAGUCGUCGCUGCUGUGCCGCCUUGCUCUUCCUCAACUCUUCACACCGAUCAACGAGAUGGCCUUCUCUUCCUCGCACGCGGCCGACUCGCGGACAGUCGACUACGAGGCCCGGCGCUCCGACUUCAAGCGAAAAACACCAAUUUUUUCGAACAGACCCCAAUCGGAGCAGGAGUGGCGCGAAGAGCUUUUGAGGGCUCAGCGCAGCGCCUGGCGAGUUGAGAAGCUCGAAGCUCUGCGCUCGCAGUCUCUCCGUGAACUGUCUAGACUGGCGGAGCAUGUCCCACACUCUGCCGCAAAUCCCGUUCUCCAGCUUCCCAAGAAUGGAGACGAGAGAGAAGAAAACGGGGAGGAAGAAGAGGCAGAACGAGACGCAGUCGAGGCACUGCGAGCGGCUGGUCUGCCUACGCAGCUUAGAGGAGUCCGGAGUGGAGGAGAAAGCGGGAGGACGACCAGAAGCAGCUGGACGGAACGCAUGCAGCGGCGCGACGUCUGUCAGUCACAACGCGGGGAAGGCGAUAACGGGGAUGACAGGUCUGCUGGGCAAGACAUUGCCAUGGGAGGAGAAGGCGAGAGCUCUUCUCCAACUACUGCGUUACCGGCGCACUGCUCAACUUCUGCUUCACGACUUCAGACGGGAGAGGCUGAAGACGCAUACAUGCAAGCUGCAAAUCGAAAAAAGUACACCAGACGUCAGUGGCAAAAGAAACAACGCGACGAGAGAACCGUCUUCGCCUCCAUGCUCGCCAUCCCCAAACCGAUCGUCGUUCCUGAACUCCUUUUGGAAGCAAGAGACAACUCCGAUGGUCAGGAAUCGCACUCCGAGGGACGUCCAUCAACAUACCCCGGUGCAGCGUUUCUCCCUGGAUUCUCUUCGGCGCCAGAGGAUUGGUACGUGUACUUGCGUCCGGAGGGCCGUCGCUGUCUCCUCGUCAUGCACGACGGAAUGGGAGCAAUCGUGGACAAACGAGGCAUCGUUCGAGGUCUGUUGAAUCCCCAGCCGUUCCAUGAACAGUUCGCGCAGGCCCAGCGGAAAGCUGUCGCUCGCUGGCAUGCUCAGGCAGCUCCUCAGACCUCAACAACAGACCAGGACGUCUCUUGCUUCCGCGCCCACACCGGCGAAGGGCCCGGCGCGGCGCCCUCGCACACAGAAGAAGACAAACGAGAAGGUCUAGAAGACGAAAGAGAGGAAAGAGAGGAAAGAGAAGAUUUCUCUGUGGAGACUCUUCAUGGAGGCGAGGGGGAUGCGGGUGUCUUCUGUCCGGCGACGCGAGAGGGCGAGAGGAAGCGGAGACCGAGAAACAGGAAGCAGGGCGUUCAGGUCCGACACGGACCUUUCUCGCAGCCCAAGUGGGCCGCCUGUCCCUGCUGUCUCUCCAGCUGGGAUACGUCGAACUGGGGGAGCUGCGCGCGAGGCUUCACGGCUCUCGAGUGUGUGUGGACGAACAGUCACGACCUGCGCUGGCACGAGUGCCUCGCCUCUCCCGCCGCAGCAGAGAAGACUGGCAACGGGGCGCGUCUCGGACUGAGCAGCGAAAUGGAAGUAGAGAGGGAGAGACCCGCAAGUGUGCAAGAACAGAAGGUCCGUCAAAUCUUUCUCGAGCGACAUCACGGCGCCGAGAGACCCCAGUGCACCUGCUGCUGCUUCUCCUUCAUCUUCGUCACAGAUGUGCUCUGGUGGAACGACUGCAUGCUGGGCAACGCAGAGACGGCGUGCAGGCAAUUCGUCCUCCGAAGCAGAUUCGAGGAAAUGGACAUAGGCGCUUCGCGGUGUCCUCUCCAGCUUCUGCCGCUUCAAGAUUGCUCCCGCCCGACUCUGGAACGCCUUUAUCGCAGUCAGCUGCAGCCGUGGCCAUCAGAUUCUCUCGUUUUUCUGCAUCGCGAGGCGCCGUACGUGGAAGCUCUCAGCGACUUCUGUCUCUCCUGGCGAGACUCACAUCUCUCGCGCUUCCACGUGGACGAAAAUUUGGGUCCGGGAGCGACACGGAGAGGCGAGGCGCAUGAGGAGAAUCAACUCGUUUGUCUCCGCCUGACUGAGAACGGAACGCUGGCGACAGAAGAUGGAAUUGUCUUGGCGUCGACGGUCGACGAAGAGACUGUGCGCGAGCAUUCGCUUCGUCCUCGCAGCCUCGUCAGGUGUGCAGUCGCAGGCCUCGUGCUAUCUUCGGAGAACGGAGCAACGGAGAGUCGCGCAGAAGGCCUGCGCGUUCUUUCACGGGUGCGCCCUCACAUGCGGCGCCAGGCCGACUGCUUCGCGCGCAUUGUCGACCAGUUUUUGAAGAAGAAACGUGCAAAAGAGGGUCACGGAGACAUCCGGAUCCCGGCGCUCGAGGCAGGUGUCGCCUCGCGGACGCUGCCUCCUUUCGAAGGCCUGUUGGCGCUUCUGUUUCCCUCGCCUUCCUCGCCGCGCUUUGACGCAGAUGUCCAGGUGAACGAGGUGGAGAGUGAAGGCAUGGCAUUCGUCAGUGAGUCCCGCGAACGAUGAGACGCACAAGAACCACCGGCGCCCUGCUGGCCUUGGUGGCUGUGAUGUCCUCAGUCCUGCUCUCGUGUGGGGAAGCGUGUCUCUGAGGGAGGCGAGAAGCUGGCAGGCGUGAGAUUCAAUGGAUUUGCCAUUUAACAUUCUCGCACAGCUCUGCCGACCUACGCCACUGAAUCCUUAUUAGCUCGUCUAUCGAACGACAUCCGUGUUCUGAGCACUAUCACUCAAUGUGAAGAACUCAGUUCCCACAAAAGCGAAAUCGCGAACAGCCACUAAAGAGAACUCUCGACAAGAAGGCGAAGCGAGUCCGCGCAUGCCAGAGCGAUGGACGAACGAUGCAGGACGCGUCAGGACGGCAGGCGAGUUAGGAGAAGGGAAGACGGAGAACACGGAGGAAUGAUCAGGAGAAACGGUGACAGAUGAGGAGAUCAAGAAGCUGGAGACCCCACACAAGAGAACGGCAGGGAUAUUCGAAGGGCCAUCGAGAGAGCGUAUGAUGAGAAGAAAAGAGGCGGAGAGGAACGAGAGCGAAUCUGCUCGUUGAGAAAAUGUCUGCUCUCCACAUGCUGACCGCGACCGAAGAACAGAAACUGAGCAUGCUGAGGUUGCAUCAGGACCCAAACUGGAUGAUGUCGCCGGGUGGCUUUUGUGUGUGUCUUUUGAAUGGGGCAAGUCCAAUCGAAUAACCAGCGACGUUAGAGUCCUUGGGGCACUGAGUAGGAAUUCGCGUCGAACUACCGACACCCUAGUGCUUCAUGCAGAAAGGGAAAAGACGGUUCGUCAGCCGCGUCUUCGCGACUGUUUGUUCUCGUGUGCAGAAUCAAAGGCUCCAUUUGGGCUACAGCGUGAGACAGAAGAGACCCAGAGCUGAACUGUGUGUUUUAGAAGAUGUGAGCUGUGCGUCCUGCGGCAAGAGCCUUGUUCGAUGCAAGACUUGAAGGAAUCGCAGAAACGGC